CAAGCGUUAACAACACAUCCGGGUAAACCUAGUCGAAAACACCGAUACAACACUGUUCUCCCUGGAGAUAAUAUCUUUUUAAGUUUAUAAUCUUGGAUCGCAUCGCUUUACACACAAGGCUGGGUGUCUACAGAAAUCCGAGGACAUGGAGACCGCUGUGAUGAAUCUUCACAGCGUUUUUGAAAGCCUGCGGGCACAAGCUGAUGUUCUCAAUGAAAGCAUUGAGCCCCAAUUCAUUCAGCUGGCCAUAAACUUUGAGGACAACCGUCGUAGAUGGCUGAGACUCGAACAGGAGCUGAAUGCAUGCAAAGAAGUGCUCACCAAGGCCGAGACGGAGCGUGGAGCGCUGGAGGUUAAGCUUAAACAUGCCCGUAACCAAGUAGAUGUGGAGAUUCGUCGAAGACAGAAAGCCGAGUCUGACUGCGCAAAGCUGGACCGUCAGAUCCAGCUCAUCCGGGAGCUGCUGGUGUCUGAAGGCUCCAGUAGCAGCAUCCAGUUAAAUGAGGAGCAGCGCUCGGCUCUGGCCUUCCUAAAUGCCCGUUCCCAGAAUCCUGCAAAUUUGAACACUAGCAGACGACUGACCACCAUUGAUGAAUCAGCCUCUAUCUUGUCAGACAUCAGCUAUGACAAAACGGAUGAUUCUUUGGACUGGGACUCUUCUGCAAUCAGAACCGUUCGUCUCAAGAAACGGCAAAAGAGACGCUCUUCCCGAAACCACACCGAAGGACCUCCAGCUGCAGCUAAAAGGUCCCGUUCCACCGGCCGGACAUCAGAGAAAGGAAAUGAGUCUCUGGUGGCUAAAACCACCGUGACUGUGCCUGCUGAUGGCGGACCCAUUGAGGCCGUCACCACAGUGGAGGCUGUUCCCUACUGGACCAGGAGCCGCCGGAAGACUGCUGCUGUGGAGUGGGACACUGUUGACACAGACUCUGUUCAGUCUAUGGAUGUGUUCAAGCAGCCCAGUCUGCCCAAUGCAGAGAACAGGGCAGAGCCCAGCACUCCACAGGGCAACGGAGGUGUCCGUCUGCAUGAGUUUGUCUCCAAAACGGUGAUCAAGCCAGAGUCUUGUGUGCCAUGUGGUAAGAGGAUCAAGUUUGGCAAGAUCUCUUUGAAGUGUCGGGACUGUCGUGUGGUGGCCCACCCCGAGUGCCGCGAACGCUGCCCUCUGCCCUGCAUUCCAUCCAUGACUGGGACUCCUGUCAAAAUCGGAGAGGGUACACUGGCAAACUACGUGUCCAGCACCUCUCCCAUGAUCCCUUCGUUAGUGGUGCACUGCAUUAAUGAGAUUGAGCAGAGAGGCCUAAACGAGACUGGUUUGUACCGGGUGUCUGGCUCUGAUCGAGUGGUCAAGGACCUGAAAGAGAAGUUCCUGCGUGGGAAGACUGUUCCCCUGCUCAGCAAGGUGGAAGACAUCCAUGCCAUCACUGGCCUUCUCAAGGACUUCCUGAGGAACCUCAAAGAGCCCCUGCUAACCUUCCGCCUCAACCGGGCCUUCAUGGAUGCUGCAGAGCUGUCAGAUGAUGACAACAGCAUCGCCUUGAUUUAUCAGAACAUCAGUGAUCUUCCGCAGCCCCACAGAGACACUCUGGCCUUCCUCAUCAUCCAUUUACAAAGGGUGGCCCAAAGCACAGCUACAAAGAUGGACAGCAGCAAUCUUGCUCGUGUAUUCGGACCCACAAUUGUAGGCCAUGCCGUGCCUGACCCAGAACCGAUGACCAUCCUACAGGACACAAAACGACAACCGAGGGUGGUCGAGCGUCUCCUCAGUCUGCCUGUGGAGUACUGGAGUCAGUUCAUGAUCAGUGACCACGACCAUGCUCGCAAUGAUCACAUAAUCAUCGAGAACGCCAAUGUUCACACAACUCCAGAUCAGAAAAUGAGUAUGUUUGGUCCUAUUACGACUCCUGACCAACAGAUGAGCAAGAAUCCAUCAUCCAGCUCCCUCUCCCAGCGCAUGAAGAACGCAACUCUCAAUGCUAUCACUCCAAAGUUUUCCAGCAGGAGCAGAGCUACAGCGGCUGUCCCUCGGCAGGGGAACUUCUUCGCCUCGCCUCUCCUGAAGUAGUCAUGAAGCUCUUCAAGGUUUUUCCUUCUCUUUGGGAAACAGCUGCAAUAUAUUAUAUUGUCCUACUUAUUUUAUAUCUGGCUUGUCCAUCAAUUCAAGCCAUUUUAACACUUCUCAUUUUAUCUGUCAUGUUUUCUAUUAACAUUCGUAUUUUAGUCACUUUUAAAUGUUUUAAUGUACUGUUAAGAUCACAACCAAAGCGAUGGGCUUUUAUAAGCACUUCCAUCAGUCACUGAAUCCACAAUAUCUGCAUCAAGUUGGGAGUUCUUUAUCAAGAAACCUGAACUUGAGUGUAGAAAAAAAGGUUAUGCUAAAUCUACAGUUUUAACCUUUGGUUGUAUAUAGAAAUUGCAUGCUUGUUAUGGAACGCGCAAAAUCUCAAUUUCUUGGAGGGUUCGAGACUGAAGUGACUAUUUGCUUUUUCUAUGUAGAGUGUAAACUGUGUUUUUAAACAAGGUUUGACUUCCACAGCCAGUAGAUAUGAUGCACAAUUUGUGGCUACUGAUAUUAUGAGUUUGUUUAAAUAAUCCAUUUGUGUUGUUUGAUACACUGUCCUUCUAAACUCUGAGUAUGGUUGGAAGGAUUCAGAACAUUGAGAGAAAUUUUAUGCAAAAACACUCUUGGUUGUUGUGAUUGGGCAUUUUGAGUCUUUCUGCUUCAUAAUUGUUUUUCAUACACCUAAAUGGCCAGAAUUCCUUCAGACUUUUCUACACGGCAUUGAUUGACGAUUGCAGUUUGUGCUCAAUUUAUUAUUCUUUUAUUUAAAUUAGAACCAAACAUAAUUCCCUCUAGGAAUGGACUGAUUUUUAAGGAUCUAAUGUAUAUCCGAUUUAUACUGAUUCCACUCUUUUUCACUGUCAUUUAGUUUACGGUUAGAUGUGUGCAGCGCUAACCUCAAGUUUUCAUUGUUUCAGAAGGGCAUGUUGAACAUUGGAGUUGAUUGGUCAAUUCCAGUUGCUUUCCAGUUUGAGUGGAUUUUGUAAGACUUGUGCUGUUUGUAAAAUACAUUCAUUUAUUGCUA